AUGAUGAACGUGGGUGUUGAAAUUCCUACCGGAAGGGCGGAUUACUGGAAAUCUCAAGGAAGAAAAUUCUGCGACUUUUGCAAAUGUUGGAUUGCUGACAACAAACCUAGCAUCGAAUUCCAUGAGAGUGGGAAAAAGCACAAAGAGAAUGUCAGCAAGCGACUUCGAGAAAUCCAUAAGAAUAGUGCCAAACAAGCUAAACAACACAAAAAGUUUGAGGAUGAUAUUAAGAAAAUGGAAAGCGCAGCUAUGGCAGCGUACCUUAAAGAUGUCGAAAACGAUACAAAGGAUAUGACCGCUAACAAAAUUAUUGAAGAAAAAUUAUCCAAAAUUGGAUAUUCCCAGUUUCCUCAAGACAUAGAUCCUUGUGAUCCGAUUUCUCAAAUGAAAUUCAUAACACAAAUUAAGGCGAGCUUGCAUCGAACUUCGGGGACUUCAGGAGUUGAAAGCGUAGAAAACAAGUCACAAGGAAAAGGUAGGCUUAGCAAAGGAAAAGGAAAGGGGAAAAAGUCACAGGAGGAAAAUCGGCCUAAUAAAGUGGGUGUUCAAAAAUUAUGGUACGAGGCUCUCAGUUCUGAAGGAUUUACAUAUUAUUGGCACAUAGAAACCAAUGAGUCUAUUUGGAAUCCGCCAGAAGAAGGUUACAUGACAAUUGCAGAGCAAGAAAAAGAAGUGAAAGAACAUGCUAUUCAAACCGAGUUUUUGAAACAAAUAGAAGAAGAAGAAGCAAUUAAAAAAGCUGAACAUUUUGAAGAGGAAAGGGCAAAUGCUGAGCGUGAGAAAUUGAAGGAACUAAGAAAACGGGAAAAUGAUCAAUCUCAAGAUCACCAGGUUGAAAGCAUUACUGCAGAAGGCAUCAAAGAAUCGGAACUUCCAUCGUAUAAAAAGGAGUGUACUAUUUCGAGGAAACCACAACCUUACGGCUCUUGGCAAACUGUUCAAUUUGU